AUGACAGCCGGCACAGUGGUCAUCACAGGCGGAAUUUUAGCUGCGGUCAUCUUGCUAACUAUUGUUACAGUUCUAUGUUACUGUAGACUGCAGUAUUAUUGCUGUAAAAGAGAGGAGUCGGAGGAGGGAGAGGAGGAGGUUGACUUCACCAAGGCAUCACCAAGUCCACCACGCCAACCAAGUCCACCUGAAAGUCCACUGAGUCUUCAGCAUUUUCCUGAAUAUAUAUCCUCCAACCAGCUGCUAAUGACUGCAGAGCCUUUUGAGCCCAAUGGACCAGUCACCUAUCCUCACUACACCCCACGAAUGCCCUACAGGCCCAAACGCUCUUACACUUUCUGCCCCUCCUGUUCUGGGUAUCUGCCACUGUAUAUGAGCCCUCAGGAGGGGCUGCCUAAUGGAGGAGGCAGGAUCAGCUACAGGAAUGUGCAGCAGGAGUUAGACCUGCCGAUGGAUAUGCCCAGCUUCCACAAACUCAACCUCAUCCGCUCUGUCACCAUGCAGGAAGUGCUGACUCAUCACAGCAUUAGCACUGAUGUGUAG